UUUUUUUUCUCACUUGUGGACAGCCCUGCUUACGACAGCCCCUUCCAUUCUCUUACCCUCCCCCCUCUAAAUAUGACCAACUAAUUUAUUUUUUAAUUUUUAAGAUAAACACAAACCCUUCAAGUUUCUCAAAUUUAUUUACUUAGAAGACUGCUCCAACAAUUUUAAUUAUUUUUUAAUAAAUAAAUAAAUUUAAUUUGCUCCAAUAAACUGGCCAAUGAUGGCCUUACAACAACAACAACACAACCAGCAUCAUUCAUCUUCUUCAACAACAAAUUCAUCUUCUCGUAUUUUACAUUCUACUGGGUCAGCACAAUCUAUAUGUAGUAAUGGAAGUAAUGAACAAUUAGAAAUGGAAGAAAAUGGAGGGGGAAGAGAAGGAAAUGGAAGACAAGGAGGAAGACUUUCAAUUAGUGGAGGAGGAAAUUUAAAUAAUUGCCAAUCACCCACAACUUUGCUCAACAAUUUAUUAGGAAGUAGAUCAAUUAAUCAAAAUAAUAAUCAUCAACAACAACAACAACAUCCCCAUCAUCAACAACAACAACAAGGAGUAGUACAAAUGAUCCCUCCUCCCCAACAACAAUUAAUAGAUUUCGCUAAUAUGCAAUCUCAAUUAGCCGCUGCUAGUUAUGCUGGAGGUAGUAGUUUUUAA